AUGGUUUUGUCUUCUAUUUUGCAAGAUUUAGCAAAUCAUCCUACCGUUACUUCUCAUGUCGAUGCCAAUUAUCGGGUACUCUACGAUGUAGUAAUUAUGGUUGGAGGGCAGUUUUUGCAUUUCGCAGAAGGUGAACUACUAAGUCAGCAUACCUUGUAUCAGUCCUUUAAUUCAACCAUACUACAUUCAGGCGUGAAUAUCGCCAAUAGUAUUUUAAAUAAUAGCGCCAGUGCUAAUAAUCUUUGCGAUGCGUUAGAGCAUUGGAAUGAUACUUUUAAAGAAGAAAAUAAAUCUGAACUGAACUCGUUUAUUGAGACUAUUUUGGAUACAAGACAGUGCGUUUCUGAAAUUCCUCAAAACUCAGUUGACAGUUUAAAAUCACUUUUUGAAACAGAUUCCUAUUGCCAAGUUCAAUUGCCUAACCAGACAAACAUAGGAAUAUUCUCACAACCCAAAACCAACGAAACGAAGUAUAAAAGGUCGUAUAGACGCACAGUAGUAAACCAAUUUAAUAACUUAAAAAAUUGGGUCGUUCCGCUCCAGACAGCCCUUUUCUUUGUGUCAAUAUUUUUAUUAUCUUGGUCAAUUUAUAAACUGCAUAAAGUUUACAGAGAUUGUAAAAUCGUAGAACAUUUGAUUGAGGAAGAUAAAGAGACCCUUAUUAGUGAACUCGACGUUUUAGAAGGUAUUCUUGCCAGAAUCAUUAAAGCUUUGGAAGAUGAUUCCGAAGAUCGUUUUGAAAGAAAUGUAUCAACUUUGAUCGAAAAGUCUGAAAACUUUAUAAAAGUAAUUGGGAAUAUUAAUGAUGAAAUUCAAAAGAAAAGCAAGGAGUUCAAUUAUAAAGCAUGGAUGAGCACAAUUGAAAAAACUGUAUCAGCUGUGAUUAGUGUAGCAUCAUUAGCUGUCACAUACGCAAAUUGGAGUAACUGGAACACAACACAGAGAGCAACUGGAAUAGUAUCUGGUGGAGCCGGAGCCGCAUCAGCUUAUUAUUUUCAUCUAUCCGAAAAACAAUUGCAGCAAAUGCAAUAUGUGAUGGAUGAGUUUGUAAAAAAUACAAAAUCCUUGACUAAAUUUCUUAAAGAACUUAAAGCUUCAACCAGACAUCAAUACGAUACUAAUCUCAAAGAUCUGUUUGACG